GUUAUGGUCAAAUUUGAACGGCUAUGUUAUUCAAGACAUUUAUUGUAGUGAUCACAGCUUUACUAUCUCUACCCAGGGUAGAAGAUAUUCUGUCCGGUCGAUGUAAUGCAUACAGAGAAUUUGAAGCAGCGGCAUCAUGUGGAGAGAAAGGCUAUUUGAUGCAAUUUGGGCUGAGAAAUUGCAUGAUUUUCAAUACACCAGGAGUUAGAUCACGCUACACUGCUGAGGGACGUGAAUUUCUGGAGUGUGUAUCGAAAUGUCUAAUCGAACACUUACAAAAUGUGUUUUCGAAAGGGAUCUCCAACUGCCCAGAACUCGACAAGUCCGCCUUCGACAGCCACGUGCCAUGUUUUUCAGAAUGUGGCUUUUGUAAAAUUUGCAAGAGUGAAAAAUUUGCUCUGCUGAGUAGCUUUGAUAAGUACGAUUUACUUUCUUAUGAAGUCAUAAAAGCAGGUGCAUCUGAAGGGAGAUAUCUCUUUAUUGUCAUGGAAAAUGUUGACCUAGGAUCUUCCAGAUUUGGACAGUUCAUUCAGAGGCCUAGUGCAAAACUUUCAAACAAUAAGAAGGAAGAAAAUCGUGAAGGCUAUAAUACUAAAGAUUUGUUGCUAAUUUGUCAAAGUCCUGUAGUCAUCUAUCAAGCCUGA